AUGCUGCAAACUAAAACUAUUGCCGUAGAAAACGAGUGCUACUUUGAUAAGGUGCUGUCACCGUCUAAAAAUGGUGCCCACUUUACUAACACUCGGUCAUCAUCACUGCUACAUCAUCGACAUCACUCUCAAUCACCACCACCACUUCCAAACUCAAUUGUCGCCCAGGCUGGAGACGUCGAUGCGUUGCUUCCUGAAAAUGAACAUUUAAAAGAAGAUUACAAUGAAUUCGACGACUCAGAACUGCUCGAUGAAAACGAUAAUCCAUUUGAUAAAAAAAAUGAGGAUGAUGUUGAUGAUGAAACAGAAGUAGUAGGAAAGGGUUUUGAAAACCUGCCCCAAAAUAAUUACUCUUUCAAGUGGGAAGAGGUAAUCUGGGGCAAUGUGCUGCUGAUUAGCGCCAUUCACCUGAUCGCCGGAUACACUCUCUACAUGUACAUCAUUGGCACCCUCAAAUGGCAGAACGUUCUCAUCUCCUAUCUUUUUGGUGCUUUCUCCGCUUUUGGGGUGACCGUGGGUGCUCACCGACUGUGGGCACACCGCAGUUUCAAGGCAAAGUGGCCUCUCAGAGUGCUGCUUGCCUUCUGCAACACCUGCGCCCUGCAAACGGACAUCUACGACUGGUGCCGAGACCACCGAGUGCACCACCGUUUCUCUGAGACCAACGCCGAUCCGCACAACUCUAACCGAGGCUUCUUCUUUGCCCACUGCGGUUGGCUGAUGCUGAAGAAGCACCCCGAGGUAACGCAGAAAGGUCGAACCGUGGACCUCUCUGACCUGCUGGCAGACCCGGUGGUCGCCUUCCAACGUCGGUGGUACCUGCCGCUGGGCGUUCUCUGCUGGGGCGUGGUGCCCACGCUCUUUGGCUCCUAUGUUCUAGAUGAGACGCUGCUCAACUCCUUUCUAAUGGCUGUCAUGUACCGGUACGUGUAUGUGCUCAAUCUGACGUGGAACGUCAACAGUGCGGCGCACCUUUUUGGAAAUCGGCCGUACACGGUGAAGAUCAGUCCUCGAGAAAAUAAACUAGUAACCUAUCUUUCCUUUGGUGAAGGUUACCACAAUUACCACCACGCCUUUCCCUACGACUAUUCGGCGAGCGAGUUUGGCCUCUCAAACAGCUUCAGCCUCAGCACGGCGAUCAUCGAGUUUUUUGAGAAGCUUGGCCUUGCCUACGACCUGAAAAAGCCCAACCCUGAAACG